GAACCCGAAGAAGACGAGAACGCAAAAAAGGACUGCACUUCUUGCUUUGUCUGCUGCGGUGCUGCCGCUGUUGCUGUCCACUUUCCUUGCUGACUUGUUGCCUGUGCCUGCCAACCACACACACAUACACCACACUCGAUCCAUCCACCCUGCCAACCAUCCCUGCCUACCCAUCUUUCCAUCCCCCAGUUUGCCAUGUCUGAGGACGCUGGUAGGAUCGCCGAAGGCAUCACCGUCACUGUGUGUGGCGGCGGCAACGCUGCGCACAUUGCGGCUGGCAUGUUUGCGUCGCGUGGAGCGACGGUGAACCUGUUCUUCUCGUUCAAGGAUGAGGCGGAGCGCUUCAAGGCCGCAUGCGACAAGGCCGGCGGCGUCACUGUCACGCGCAAAGACAAGACCUACUUUGGACAGCCAAAGGUCAUUUCGCACGACCCUGCGGAGUGCAUCCCGAUGACAGACAUUGUGCUGCUGAUUGUGCCUGCGUUUGCGCACGAGCCCAUCCUGCAGCAGAUCAAGCCGCACCUCAAGGAUGGCGCUGCUGUUGGCGCCAUCCCUGGACCAGGCGCCUUUGACCUCGUCGCCCUCAACGCCCUCGGCGACGUCUUCACGCAGAAGAACAUCACGCUGUUUGCUGGCACGUCGCUUCCCUGGGCCUGCCGCUUUGAUGAAUAUGGUGCAAAGGCCACCUUGCUCGGCGUCAAGACCAAGGUCGACAUUACCACCCGCCCCAACAACGACGCCAAGCGCAACGCGUGGCUGGCGGAUGCGCUGACACGUCUGCACGACGACACGGACUUCCACUGCCGCGGCCACUUCCUCAUGACCACGCUCUGGCCAACCAACGCUGUCAUCCACCCUGGCGUGUCGUACGGGAUCUGGCACGACUGGGACGGCAACCCGCUGGACGAGGCGCCCCUCUUCUACCAGAACUGCAACAAGUUCACAGGCGGCGUCCUCAAGGGCAUGAGCGACGAAAUCGCCGCGACGGUUGAGGUGCUCAAGUCCAACGGGGCGGACCUGUCGCACUGGCAGCCCAUUGACGUGUACAUGCUCGAUGUGUACGGCGAUGUCAUUUCGGACCACUCGUCCGUCGACCGCAUCUUCGCCACCAACGACGCCUUCCGCGGCCUCAAGGCGCCCAUGAUCACGCGCGACGACGGCAAACUCGACCCUAACUUCAGGACUAGAUACUUGACGGAGGACCUGCCGCACGGACUUGCGGUCCUGCGCGGCAUUGCGGAGAUCUGCGGCGUGGAAACGCCCACCAUGGACAAGGUGCUGCUGUGGGCGCAGCCGCUGAUCGAGAAGGAGUACCUUGUUGACGGCAAGAUCAAGGGCAAGGACGUGGCGCAGAGUGGGUGCCCGCAACGGUUCGGCAUCACCACGCCGCAACAGCUCAUCAAGGGUGACAUUGUCUCGCUCAAGAACCACCUCUGAGCAGAGAGAAUGCGUGGUGGAAGGAGAGGGCUUGGUGAUGUGCACAGCAUAGCCGUCGUAUCGAUCAUCAGUGGCUUGGUUUGGGUUUUAUGUUCGCGCGUAGCUCAUUCAAACGCUACUUUGUUGUCACAUCACCUAGCGUUGGUUGUCCAUCCCUUGUGCCGUUUCGUUUCCUCUCUGUGUUUGUCCGCACUCUGCUGUACACCACUGUACACCUUUUUCGCUUCAGGCCCGCGUCACAUUGGCGUGUUCACUUCAUUGCCUGACCCUGUGUUAUUGUUGCCUUUGUUUUUCCGUGCUCGCUGCUUUGGUUUGCUCCACGCAUGUCCGUCCCGUGUGUGUGUGUGUGUGUGUGUGUGUGUGUGC